CUCUGCCGUGACGGAACAUCUUCUGAACAUUCAAUAAACAAAAGGGAAUCAAUAAACAUAUCCAUAUCCUUCGAAGAAUGGCCUUGUAGUUGUCAUCAUCCACCACCAAUAAACAAGCAAAAAUCCAUAUUUUAGUUCGAACAUAUACAUACUCUUACUUGAAUCUAUAAGCCUCUAGCUUCAAGAUUACUCUAACUCAAUACUCAUAUCUUGUUUGCACUCAACAAUAACCCUUGUUUGAUCUGUCCACGCCAAGUCAUUAAUUUUUUCUUAAUCCUGUGAUGGCUUCUAUAACACCCAUCUCACAAUCCCAGUCCUUAUUCAAGAAACCUCAAUUCAUAAUAUUGAAUAAGCCUAAGGCUCAAUUUUUGUCAGUACCCACCUUGAAUUUUUCUCAGAGGAAGGCAAGGAUGGUGGUGGUUUCAGCCACAGCAGCUGCUGAGAAGUCCAAGAAGAGGUACCCUGGAGCGGCUAAGGGGUUUGUGGAGGAGAUGAGAUUCGUGGCUAUGAAAUUGCACACAAGGGACCAGUCUAAGGAAGGAGAAAAGGAGCCUGAGGGUCAGCCUGUGGGCAAAUGGGAGCCUAGUGUUGAAGGGUAUUUGAAAUUCUUGGUGGACAGUAAAUUGGUUUAUGAUACCUUGGAUAAAAUUAUCGAGAAAGCUGCUUUUCCUGAAUAUGCAGAAUUUAGGAACACGGGAUUAGAGAGAUCAGAAAGCCUUGCAAAAGAUUUGGAAUGGUUUAAGGCGCAAGGUUAUGCCAUUCCAGAUCCAUCUUCUCCUGGUGUUAGCUAUGCUCAGUAUCUGGAAGAACUAUCCGAAAAGGAUCCUCAAGCAUUCAUUUGCCACUUCUACAACAUAUACUUUGCCCAUUCAGCUGGUGGAAGAAUGAUCGGGAAGAAGGUAGCAGAGAAGAUCCUUAACAACAAGGAGUUGGAAUUCUAUAAAUGGGAUGGAGACUUGUCCCAACUGUUGCAGAAUGUUCGAGAGAAGCUGAACCUGGUUGCUGAAAACUGGACUAGGGAGGAGAAGAAUCAUUGCCUGGAAGAAACUGAGAAAUCAUUCAAGUUUUCUGGGGAUAUCCUUCGUUUGAUAUUGUCAUGAUGCACAAAGUUGCAGUUUUCCUCAUUUAAUCAAGUUCAUUAAGUGUAACCAGUGUUAAUAUUCCAUACAUUUUCCAUAUCUGUUAUUUCAAGGUUCAUGUUUUAUGUACUGUACUCUGGAAAGAUACUUUGUGUUGCUAUAAUCUUCUGAGGUAAGAUUCCAAACA